AUGCACACGGUCAUCAGCGUCUUGUUUCAGACCUCGGAUGUAGAGGACCUCGUUCAACACAGAGGAGACUUUGGGCCUUUUCAGAAGAAGACCGAUGGUUCGAUUCCACUGAUGCUUUUUGGCACCCUCACAAAGCCCCUAUGUUGAGGUCCUGGACCCGAGCCCCUGCAGGAGCGAUGUGGCUGGAGAGAGAAGUCCCCCCCCCCCCCCGGUCCCCCCGGUCCGAGCUGCGGACUGGACCAAAAAGCCGAAGCAUGGUGCAACGAACUGGACCGGGCCUCGGCUCACAAUGCGACCCAGCUGGUGCCUCGUGGUGGCAGAUGGCUGUUUGAUGAAAGUCUCAGCGCUGCUAUUUCUGAGUUCUCGUUGGUCUGUGAGAAAUCAGGUUUUCUAAUAUAAUCUGAUAUAAAACCCCUUUUUCUUUCUUUUCUUUUUCUUUUUACACAACACUGGUCUCGUGACAGGUUUGGCAGAAAGCCACGCUUCAUUGCACCGAUGGUCGGCCUCGGUAUCUCAGGUAUUGGGGCAAUGCUGUCUCCAUGGUAACCGCCGCUGCGGCUGGUCUUUCGGUUCCUACAAGGUGCUCGGUGUGUUCACCCACGGAUCAUUCUGGUGCUCUUUGAGAGCUAA